UAAAUAAACACCAUGCCACUUCACCGUCUCUCUUCACUCUGAGUCAAUUGAUUCAACAUGCAUCCAUUUCAGAUUCAACGUUCAAGAAAAAACACAGUACCCGAUUGGUGACAAAGUCCAACCCAUCUCUAUCCUUUUCAAUUACUCUAAAUUACAGCCCCUUGGUUAAAAAUAAGAGUAAAAAAUGGAGGCGGCUGCUCACAAGGAGUAUCUCGCCGGUUUACUCGCCGGAGUUGCCACCGUUAUCACUGGUCUUCCUUUUGACACGGUCAAGGUGAUGAUGCAAAAACAUAAUACAGAAACUCAUGGGAUUAAGUACAGAAAUGGUCUGCAUUGCACUGCUAGGAUUCUACAGACUGAAGGAGUUAAAGGACUUUAUAGGGGUGCGACAUCUUCAUUUAUUGGGGUGGCUUUUGAGAGUUCGCUUCUCUUUGGUAUUUAUUCCCAAACGAAGCAUUCAUUGCAGGAAGGAAAAAAUAGCGAUGUGCCCAAUCCCCGUGUAAUAAUUCCCUCUGCAGCUUAUAGUGGAGCAAUUAUCAGCUUUAUAUUAUGUUCGUCUGAGCUAGUAAAGUGUAGGAUGCAAGUCCAAGGCACGGACUCCUUGAUUCCAAAGUACAGUAGAUAUAGUGGCCCUCUUGAUUGUGUUCUUCAAACAGUGAAACAUGACGGGGCUUCAGGUAUUUUUAGAGGAGGUUUGGCAACAUUGUUAAGAGAAUCUUGUGGUAAUGCGGCCUUCUUCAGCGUCUAUGAAUAUGUUCGUUAUUACAUGCACUUACAACUGAAAUCCUCUUCAUCUAACCAUAGCCACUUGACUGACAUGGGGAUUGGAAUUUUGAGCGGCGGCCUUGGUGGUGUAGCUUUCUGGUCUGCUGUUUUGCCCUUGGAUGUGGCGAAAACCAUCAUCCAAACUGCUCCAGAUAAAAGUUCCACCAGAAAUCCAUUCCGAGUACUAAACUCGAUUUACAGGAGAGCUGGAAUUAAAGGAUGCUAUGCAGGUUUGGGUCCGACAAUCAUGAGAGCUUUUCCUGCUAAUGCUGCCGCUAUAGUCACCUGGGAGCUGGCCAUGAAAAUGUUAGGGAUCAGGCGCGAUUAACUAUGGUACUAAUUUACUCGCUGCGAUUGUUUUUCAGCAAACGAUGUUUUAGGUUGAUGAGGUCUUAUAAAGGAAGACACCGUAACUGAUAUGAAUAUAAAGCAUCAGUUAUUAGUUCUUGAAGUAGAGAGCUCUGAUAUUGUUGUUUCGCAGAGCAUCUCUAGUUCUUUAGAAUUAUGGUGCAGGAGGAUUUAAAAAUUAGAUAAUUUAUUUCAGACAAUUUUGUACUAGUGUAUACAAUUAUAAUGUCUGCCUCCAAUGUGGGGAUGAUGCAAAUUACCGAACGGAAUUCACAUAGAUUUAAGAUAUAUCGAACUAAAUCGAACUUUAGCAGUUGGUUCAA